AUGUCACAGCUUUUCUACAAAUACUUUCUACAAAAGGCAAAUCUUGAUCAUCUCGUAACCUUUGGUGAAAACGAGGAUCCAUAUUUCGAAGAGAUACCAGAGCAGGAGCUACAUUUUUACCAAAGAAAAGGUGCCAAAAGAAGAAGGAAGUUGCCGUCAUUUAUUCCCGAACAUGAUUUAAAGAUAUUGAACAAGUUCAAGAAACGUGCCUACAGGUUAGAUUUACAAUUGAGUUUAUGUGGGUUACGUCUUGGAUGGGCAGGUAUCAUUGGCUUGAUUCCAGGCAUAGGUGAUGUUCUUGCUUUAUUUUUUGCCUUGCAAUUGGUGAAACUCGCUAGAGAAAUUGACGGAGGGUUACCCAAAAGUUUAGAGGCGCAAAUGAUGGCAAAUGUAUCAUUCGACUUUGGUAUUGGAUUGAUUCCUUUGGUUGGUGACUUUAUUAAUGUCUUGUAUAAAUGCAACUCGAGAAACUUUGUAUUGUUGGAAAAGCAUCUAAUUAAAAAGUAUGGAAAAGCAUCAGCUAUGAAAUCAGUGCCGGCGACUGCCACAGUUCCCCAUGACGGUGGAAAGGUGGUAUAUGGUGAUACUUAUGCCGCACAUGCCGCGAACAAAGUAUAG